GCUAUCAUGAGCAGCUUCUUAGAUUACUCGGUGAUGAGUGGCGACGGCGGCUCAUGCUCUGUCAGGGCUUUCCACUCUGACCACGGAAUUACUACUUUCCAGUCGUGCGCUGUUACUGUCAAUAAUUGCAGUGGGGAUGAUCGCUUUAUACCAAGCAGGGCUUCCCCUGAUGGCCUCCCUCAACAGCCCGGAUCCUACCAGUCCACACCCGGAUCUUUAAGUAUUGCGUAUGGGGCUCACCCGACCUGUGCCUCAGGAUACGGGCCCCAAGGUUUCUGUACUAGCUAUAAUCAUUACGCGCUAAACCAUGAAGUGGACUCUGUGGGGUUCCCUCAGUGCGCCCCGUUAGUGUACUCCGGAAACAUCUCUUCUUCAAUGGUUCCACAGCAUCGUCAAGGUUACGGUGGUGCGUCCUUAGGUCAGCUCCAGUACUCACACGCCACUUACGGGGGCGGGCACGAGCAGGCAAACCUAGCCCCUUUUACAGGGUGCUCGAACCCGCUGUCCCCACUGCACACGACCCACCUGGACGCGUGCUGUUCACCCCUGUCCGAGGCCGCGUCCUCCGCACAGACCUUCGAUUGGAUGAAAGUUAAGAGAAACCCUCCCAAGACAGGACGGUCAGGGGAGUACGGCUUUGGGGGUCAGCCGAACACUGUCAGGACCAACUUCACCACCAAGCAGCUAACAGAGCUAGAGAAGGAGUUCCACUUCAACAAGUACCUGACCCGCGCCCGGCGCGUGGAGAUAGCUGCAGCACUGCAACUCAACGAGACUCAAGUCAAAAUCUGGUUCCAAAACCGUCGAAUGAAACAAAAGAAGCGUGAGAAGGAAGGGUUGUUGCCGACCAAAGCCCCUGCAUCCGACCCGGGUGAUAGCGAAAAAACAGAUGACGCGGGGUCAGAGAAGUCCCUCUCUGCCCCAUGCACUCCGUCUCCUGCCGCAUCAACGACUUCCUCUGGGGCUGACCCAUAUUCCUCCAGCUAA